AUGACGAUGGAAGGAUCUCGUCCGGUACGACAAACGUCGGUUCCGACCUCCCGCAUCGACUUCAACGCGGCCGAUUUCAAAACAACCUGCCCGAACUUAGACGACCUUGUUGUCAUCUCAGUCCACAUAGGAGAGUUAAUAAUAAAAAAGGUCCUGCUCGAUCCAGGAAGCAGCGCCGAUGUCUUGUUCUACUCAACCUUCAAAAAGAUGCACUUCAGCGACAACGCACUACAAUCGUCACCCGAAAAAUUGGUAGGGUUCUCUGGAGAAAAGGAUAACGCAGUAGGAACGAUAUACGUCGACCACAAGGAGGCAAGACAAUGCUACAACGCAAGCCUCAAAGUAGUCAAGAAGGAAGAAACACCUCGGAUACACACGGUGUACAACUCGAAAAAUAUACCAACUCUGGCCGAACUGGACCCUCGAAGUGACGACAGUCGUCCCAAUAGUGACUUCGAAAAAUUUGAAUCAAUGAUGUUUCUCAAUAGUGACUUCGAUCCCAUCUUGUGCCGAUCUUUUCCAACCUUCUUAGAUGGAGCUGCUUUAUUAUGGUUUUCUAACUUACCUGCAGGAUCUAUAUCAAGCUUUGAAGAGUUUGCCAAACUAUUUAUAAAUUAUUUUGCAGCAUCCAAAAUCUACGUGCGAGACUCAAACUAUCUCAGUACGAUCAAACAGGAACAACAUGAAAGCUUAAAGGAGUACAUGAUGCGGUUCACAGAAGCAGCUGUGCAAAUCCCCGAUCUUAACUCCGAAGUGCAGCUACACGCCAUCAAAAGCGAACUCUGUCCCGGAAAAUUCCAUGAAGCAAUAGAAGUGGCAAAAUCGAAAACGCUGGAGGAGUUCCGAGAAAAAGCCCAGGGUCAAAUUGAAAUUGAAGAGCUCAGGGAGGCCAGAAGAAACAAAAGGCCGACCAAAAAAGAAGAGGAAAGGCCACACCGACCUACAAGUAAAGACCCCCGAAAACCAUUCAAACUAGCGCCGAAGUUCGACUCGUACACAAAAUUCAACACAAAAAGGGAGGACAUAAUCAAGGAAAUUCUGCACAACAAACUGAUCAAACCACCUAUCAGAGCAGGGUCAUACCAAGAUCAAAAGUAUGUGGAUCGAAGCAAGCACUGUGCUUUCCAUCAAAAGUUCGGUCAUACAAUAGACGAGUGUGUGGUGGCAAAAGAUCUACUUGAAAGGUUGGCGAGACAAGGACUUUUAGACAAAUAUAUCUCGUCAAGAAAGCAACACAACACACAAAGAGAAGUAGAAAGAGAAAGCAAGCAAAAACAAGUCGUAACACCCCCAUCCAAGGGGAUAAUCAAUUACAUUUCAGGAGGCUUCGCUAGCGGCAAAAAUACCACUUCAGCAAGGAAAAGAAGCUACCGAGCAAUGAUGACGAUGGAAGGAUCUCGUCCGGUACGACAAACGUCGGUUCUGACCUCCCACAUCGACUUCAGCGCGGCCGAUUUCAAAACAACCUGCCCAAACUUAGACGACCCUGUUGUCAUCUCAGUCCACAUAGGAGAGUUAAUAAUAAAAAAGGUCUUGCUCGAUCUAGGAAGCAGCGCUGAUGUCUUGUUCUACUCAACCUUCAAAAAGAUGCACUUCAGCGACAACGUACUACAAUCGUCACUCGGAGAAUUGGUAGGGUUCUCUGGAGAAAAGAAUAACGCAGUAGGGACGGUAUAUGUCGACCAUAAGGAGGCAAGACAAUGCUACAACGCAAGCCUUAAAGCAGUCAAGAAGGAAGAAAUACCUCGGAUACACAUGGUGUACAACUAG